AUGAUAGGACACAGUGACUACGAUACAAGUCAACAAUUAAUUGGUUUUCCAACAUUAGUGGGAAUACAUCAACAAACUCACCCUGGAGGAAAAACUCACGAAUAUAAGGAAUAUAGAGAUUCAUCUGCCUGCCCUAGUUCACUUUGCACAUGUACUGUGACUCACACUAUAGGAAAAGGUUGUGCAAGUAAUCAGUGUGGCAAAGCUCUGAGUUCUUUCACUUCUCUUCAAGGAUGUGAGGAAACUCGUAUGGAGAAAGAAAGUGAUGCAUAUGAGCCGUGUACAAAAGGCUUUAACUAUCAGCGGCAUCUUCAGACACACAGCACAGCCACUAAUGAAGAGGAUCUCUGUGAGUGUAAUCAACAUGAUGAAGCCUCUAGAUAUGAUUCCUCUUUACAGUCACACCAAAGAACGCCUUUGGAAAUAAAAACCUUUGAAUAUAAUGAAAGUGGUAAAGCCUUUGCAUGUCAGAGUCUUCAUCAAGUAUCUAGAUGUCAUAGUAGAGAGAAAAGUUAUGGAUAUCAGUGUGGUAGAGUCUUUACGUGUCCCAGUUAUCUUCAAAUAAAUGAAAGAGCUAAUACCAGAGAGAAACCCUUUGAAUGUAACCAACUUCAUAAAGCCUUGGCAAAUAACAACAGUCUUCAAAUGCAUGAAAAAAGUCACAUUGGAGAAAAAUCCUACGCAUGUAAUCAGUGUGGUGAAGCCUUUGCACAAAACAGUGAUCUUCAGAAUCAUGAAAGAACACACAUUGGAGAGAAACCCUAUGUAUGUAAUCAAUGUGAUAAAAGCUUUGUAAGUAACACUCAUCUUCAAAUGCAUGAAAAAACUCACACUGGAGGAAAACCCUAUGCAUGUAAUCAUUGUGGUAAAGCCUUUACACAGAACAGUCAUCUUCAAAUUCAUGAAAGAACUCACGCUGGAGAGGGACCCUAUGAAUAUAAUCAGUGUGGUAAAGCCUUUACACAUAAGAGUAAUCUUCAAAUUCAUGAAAGAACGCACACUGAAGAGAAACCUUAUGAAUGUAAUCAGUGUGGCAAAUCCUUUGCGUGUGCCAGUGCUCUUCACCAGCAUGGAAGAAGUCACAGUGUAGAGAAAAUCUAUGAAUGUAAUAAAUGUGGUAAAGCCUUUACAUAUAAACAUAAUCUUCACUACCAUAAAAGAAUUCACACUGGAGAGAGGCCCUAUGAAUGUAAUCAAUGUGGUAAAGCAUUUGCAUGGGGUUGUGCUCUUCAGAAGCAUGAAAGAAUUCACUGGCUAGAAACCCAAUGA